AUGCAGCUGAACCGGGAGCGCCAGCGCAAGAUACGCAACAUGCUGCACAAGUCAUUUCCUAAGGAGGGCACUCCAGAGCGCGAGAUGUGGGAGCGGAACCAGCAGUCUUCUCCGCUCCUACGCCUGCCGCCCGAACUCCGCAACCGAAUCUACGAGCUUGUCCUCGACGUCGGCCAGAUCAACGUGCGCUUCAAGAAGUGGGAACUCAGGCAGCGGACGCGCCGAAACGGCCAGCGGUACUACGAGACGAUCGAGGGCGGCUUUUGGUGCCUCGUCCUCGACAGAGACCAGAACCCAUGGAGGUCCCUGAGGAGUACGUACCCCGCCGCGCCGCGCGGCAUGACACUACUGUCCCCCGUCUGCCGGCAACUCUACCACGAAACCGUGCUACUCCCUUUCCGUCUCAACGCCUGGUCAUUCGAAUCCGCACACGUCAUGGACAGAUAUGUCAUGAAGGAAAAGCGGCUGCCCAAGCCCCAUCGCCGCGCCAUCCGUCUGUUGUACGCCCAGGCUGUGUUGCCAGCAGCUGUGGAGAAAUACUUUGGUGGUCUGGAAGAGGUUGUGCUUGAGACAGGACUCGCAAUGGUGAAGAGACUUGUUGAGACCGGCCCUGAGGAUGACCGUCGCCACAUCGUCGCCUGGGAUGUAUGCUCCCGGGAGUGGAAAUAG